AAUCGACACCGACAAUGACUUUAUCACCUUACUACUUUACCUUUGUAAACAUCACACACGUGGAUCAUGGCUAAUUUCAUUGUCAGACUGGCAAAAUCAGGCGAUUGCGAACAGAUUGCAGACCUUAUAAAGGAACUUGCUGUAUACGAAAAAAUGGAGGAACAAGUGAAGAUCACUGCAGAUGUUUUGCGAACUGAUGGAUUUGGUGAAGAAAAGUUUUAUCAUUGUUUUGUAGCUGAACUCAAAGAUAAACCACUACUAGUCGGGUAUGCUUUGUAUUAUUACUCCUACUCUACGUGGGAGGGUAGGAGUAUUUACAUGGAAGAUUUGUAUGUAAAACCAGAACUGAGAGGGAAAGGAAUCGGAACACAACUUUGGAAAUCGGUUACAAAGGUAGGAAUCGAGAAGCAAUGUUCAAGGCUUGAUUUUAUCGUGUUAAAUUGGAAUGUUAAUUCGAUAGAGUACUACAAACAGAAAGGUGCUUUUGAUUUGACCGGAACAGAAAAAUGGCAUUUAUUUCGUAUGAAAGAGAGUGAGAUGAAAGCGUUUAUAGCUCCAUAACUCUAACAUGUUUAAGUUACAUUUGUA